UGCCUAUUUAGGCUGCUCCUGCCUUGGCUCCAAGAUGGCGCAGGCGAUAUUCGAGGCGCUGGAAGGAAUGGAUAAUCAGACAGUCUUAGCUGUUCAGUCCUUGUUAGAUGGCCAAGGAGGAGUAGCAGAUCCAUCAACACAACCUGUCAAUGCAUCCACCACUAUUCAGGCCAUGGAUGAUGAGGAUGUAUUCCUCUGUGGGAAGUGUAAGAAGCAAUUCAACUCACUCCCAGCAUUCAUGACCCAUAAGCGAGAACAGUGUCAAGGCAAUACCCCCUCAUUGGCUACAGUCUCCUUGGCUAACAGUGGGUACACACCAUCCAUUACCUCAGUACAGCAGGCUCAGACCACCAAUCGCCAGAUCUCCACGUACAUUACGGUCCCGCCCUCUCCUCUGAUCCAGACAUUAGUCCAAGGGAAUAUUUUAGUAAGUGAUGAAGUCCUGAUGUCAGCUAUGUCUGCUUUUACAACUCUGGACCAACCAAUGUCCGCAGUACAACCUUCUGUUCAGAGCAGCCUGAAUAUGCACGCUGGAGCAGGAUACCUCUCUCAACCACCUCCGCCGCCUCCACCACCACCACCACCUCAACCUCCCCCUCCUCCCCCUCCAACCCUUGGAGCACCAGGUCAGGCCAGUGCUGGUAGCAGUGGAGUUGUGGAAGUGUAUAGUGCACCUACCUCCAUGAAUGGGAAUGGUACAGUGGAGAUACAGAAUCUGGGAAUGCAGCCCUACCCACCUAUGGAGGCUUUUAAAGGAACUGAGAAGAGAAGCCAAGAGAGUGCACUUCGUCCUUCUCAGUGCUGUACCUUUCGAAUGGUGCCCAGCCAAUGUGUGGAAACCCCUGUGUAUCCCUCCCCUCCAGUGUAUAGUCCAGGAAAGCAAGGCUUUAAGUCCAGAAGCCCGAAUACUGCUGUUCCCUUGAAUAAUACAUGUGGGGGAAAUGUGACCAAUUUUGAUUCACCAUCAAAGAACCGCCGUUCUAAAACAGAUAGCACCUUCCUAGAAGGGAAGCCUAAAUCACCCAAACUGAAAUGUACAUACUGUGACAAGGCCUUCACCAAGAACUUUGACCUACAGCAGCAUAUCAGAAGUCACACAGGGGAGAAGCCCUUCCAGUGUAUCGUGUGUGGCCGUGCCUUUGCACAAAAGUCCAAUGUGAAGAAGCACAUGCAGACGCAUAAGGUGUGGCCACCAGGAACUGGGUGUACCAUCUCUCGGAGCUCUGUCACUGUGCAAGUCAUGGCACUGAACCCCAAUCAACAGGAGGAUGAGGAAAAUGCAGGCUUAAAUCCAACUCCAAGAAGCAGUCCCCAACAGCCUCAGGCCAUGCUUCCUUCAGAAGAGCAUGAAUCCAGCAAACUGGAAGCCAAGCAAGUGGUCUUGAUAGACAGUUCAUAUCAGUGCCAGUUCUGCCCCAACAAAUUCAAUACAUACUUCCAGCUCAAAUCACACAUGACUCAACACAAACAUGAGCAGGUUUACAAGUGUGUUGUGAAAAAUUGUGCACAGACAUUCCAGAAGCUGGACUCUUUCUUAGAGCACAUCAAGAACCACCAGGAGGAGUUGAGCUAUCGCUGCCACCUCUGCAACAAGGACUUUCCUUCAUUAUAUGAACUUGGUGUCCACCAAUAUUCCCACAGCUUGCUUCCUCAACACAGUCCAAAGAAAGACUUGGCCAUUUACAAGUGUGUCAAGUGUGUAAAUAAAUAUUCCACACAAGAAGCCCUGGAACAUCAUUUACAGACAGCAACACACAAUUUCCCCUGCCCUCACUGCCAAAAGGUGUUCCCCUGUGAGAGGUACUUGCGGCGGCACCUCCCUACACAUGGGGGUGGAGGCAAAUUCAAAUGCCAGAUCUGCAAGAAAUUCUUCCGCCGAGAACACUACCUCAAACUACAUGCUCACAUUCACUCUGGAGAAAAGCCUUUUAAAUGCUCAAUGUGUGACUCAGCCUUCAACAGGAAAGAUAAACUCAAAAGGCACAUGCUGAUCCAUGAGCCUUACAAGAAGUAUAAAUGUCCCUUCUCAAAUCAUACAGGCUGCAAUAAGGAGUUCAACAGGCCGGACAAGUUGAAAGCCCAUAUUCUCUCCCAUUCAGGGAUGAAGAUCCACAAGUGCCAAUACUGCCAUAAGGCCUUUAGCCGUCGAGCUCACAUGGUGGAACAUCAACGUGCUCACACAGGCAACUACAAGUACCGUUGUCCUACUUGUAGCAAAGGCUUUACGCGACAGAAAUACAUGAAAGACCACAAGUGCAGGCUGAGCUCAUCCAAGGACAAAGAGCUGCCAAUCAGAAAGUCCCAGAAGAAGUGGGGGACUCGUGGGCGAAAAAUGGGACUUCCUCUUUCAACUCAGUUGGCCUUGGCUGAACUGAAAGACAAUACAGGUGGAGAGAACCCUCAAAAAAGUGUUUCCAAUAAAGAACAGUUUCCAGAGUCUGAUACAGUCCUGUCCAUUGUGGUUGGCAGGCCAGCAGCAGUGUCAUCAUCAGAUUCAGACCAUGGUAACCCUACCCUGCGCAGUGGCAUCCAAUCCAAUCUUGCUCUCACUGAGUUGCAGCCUGGUUCAGAGAGCCCAUGUACCAUGCUGGCUGUCCCUGUUUACAUUCAGGCUACUGACUGACUGAAUAAUACUGUGAUCUGUGAAUCCACUUAGUGGGAAGAACAUUCCUAUUGUCUUUGAUAGAAAUGUCCUACAGUCAGGAAGAGGUGUGUGUUCAUAACUAUUGGGCUGCUGAGAUGAGAAAAUGCAUUGGGGAAAGAAAAUAAUUCCAUUUUCUAGAUAACAUAUUCGAAAGGGACUGUUACUAAUCAGCAGAGGUAAUGAAAAUACAGUUAUAUGCUUUGUGUUGGUGGUCAGUGGUAAAUGAGGUUCAUGUUCUCUCCUGAACCCAAUGAGAAACACAAUCCUGUUAAUUGAAGUAUGCUGCAAAUUUCUUCAACUCAGCUCCCUCCCGCCCUGAACCAGAUCCUUGAACCUUCUAAGGCCUGCUGUGACUUGUUUAACGACUUUUUUGCGGAUAAAACCUCUCGUAUAAGCGAAGAUCUGAACGCCGACAUU